GAUGAAGUGAUAGAGAACUGCAGUUCAGAUUCCGGUGAGGAAACCGAUUUGGAUUCAAAGAGAAUCAAGCAAGAGGAGUCCAAUGGUGUGCUGGAAGCUGAAGAUGGACGCGCAGUUUCUCGUGCGGAGCUUCCAUGCCCAGAGCUUGUGGCGCAAGCCGUCAAGAUUGUGUGCUGCUUCUGCAGUGCAGCAUUUUCUGAUGUGACUUCUCUACAGAAUCACACACUGCAGAAUCACCAGGUGAAGUGA